AUGAUUCUGGAUGCCGUCGACAUAAUCCUACAGACUCGCUAUUUCAAUCAAAUACCUCUAAAUGCUAACGGAACAGCUUCCCAUCCGGGCUGGCCCGAAGAGGACAGACAGUGGGGCGGACACGCAUUUUAUCCCAAAUGGAUUCGCGCUGUACAUGCAACUCAUCUUGGAGGCGGUCCGCCUAACAGACGCAAGGGUGGCUUUCCGGAUUUCCUCUUGGCCUCCCACGACGAACUGCCCAACCCAGCCGCAGUUUUUGAGGUUAAGUUCUGGUAUGGCACUCCCGACAGGAUUCUCACUGAGAUGCGGAUGGGAUAUCCACAUGGCCAGUUCCCGUGGAAUGAACAGUCAACAACAGGCAAGGUUCUCAAGCAGAUAUGGGGUGAGAUGAUCUACCACAGGGCAACCCUUGGCGCAAUAACGAACGGUCGGCUUGUAGCCGUUUACAUGAAGACCGGACCCGACGAGAUAACACUCUCGGACUGGCACCCUUGGGAGUCAUCUGAUAUAGUGCACACCAUUGCAGGACUCACCUGCCUCUCGAUUGAUUGGCCUAUUCUAUUGCAACACUUUCAGGAAAAUGUCAUCGUUGAUGCGUUCUCUGCACCUCGCGUUGUUGGAUUGGAGUAG